AUGGUAGUUUAAGGUACAACAAAGAGCUGAGGUACGUACACACGAAGGGGAUUACUCAACAAAGCAAACGGUGAUUGCCCUAGGAAACUCCGAAUAUGAAUCCUUCAAAAAAGGGCCGUGUAAGACAAUCCAAGAUAUGAACAAGAGGUUCAACGAGAUUGUUAAGAAAUUGAGUGAGUUGGGUAAGACGUAUACUACUUCCGAGCUUAAUACGAAAAUUCUAUUUUCUUUACUUAAAAAAUGACAUAUUAGUAUCGUAGAUUUAUUACCCAAAUGUGAUAAGGCCGAAACCACUCACAUUUGGUCUUCUUUGUAUUCUCAUAACUUUUGUUGAAAAAGAUAAAAGAGGAAGAAAGGCUUGCAAACCCCAAACUUACCAAUGCCUUCAAAGCUUCAAACGACUCAUCAAGUGAAAAGUCAAGUGAAUCAAUUGAUGAUUCAAGUGACUCAAGCUCUUCGGAAGAGUCAAAUGAUGUAGGAUUUGUAGCUCACUUUGUUUUUUAAAAAACGUUUUGGGCAUAAAGUCUUAGGUGUGAGUGUGUAAGGUCCAGGUUUGGCUUGAGGCCCAAUUAAAAUUAUUGGCCCAUUUUCGAAGAGGGGCUAAAACAGAUAGAAUUACUUGGAGAGGGGAAGACAGGGCAGAAAGAAAACCCCUGAACUCGGCCGCGAUGGCGCUGCUUUGGCUCUCUCCGACCUCAAUUCCCACGGCGGCGGCGGUAUGGAAUUCUUCUUCUUCAUCCGGCCGCCGAGUUAUCUCUCGACCGCAUCAGAACCACGCUUAUUCGAUGCUGCUGCUGCGGCGGCAGCAUCUAGGCCUGAUACGCAGCGCCGUUUCGCCUGACCGUCGGAAGUCACAGGUUGUGCGUAUGGCUCCUGAAGAAGAGAAGUUAACUCGCCGUUCUCCUCUCGAGUUCCCCGCGGAGUGGGAGAGACCAAACACGGGUCGCAGACCAGAUAUCUUCCCCCAAUUCACCCCUAUGAAAACUCCACUGCCUCCUCCAUUACCAGCCGAUCCUCCUCCGGAAGAGGACGAGGAGGAAGAAGAAAAGGAAGGGGAAGAGGAGGAUCAUAAAGAGGAUCAAGAAGACCCUGAAAAUGAAGAAGAACCAGAGCUACCGGAAAGAACACAAUAACUUGCUAAGGGCAUAGAGUUGUUAUCGCAUUUGGUUAAUUGUGCCGAUGUGACCUUUAUAUCUAUAACCGGAUGAGAUACUGGUUGGUUUGAAUCAUUUUUGUGCUCUCUGUAUGUAAGCAUAUGUUAAAUGAUAUGGAGUAUAUUUUUGUUGUUGCGCAUGCCCUUUUCAUUUACGGAGUAUAUAGAAAUAUAAUGAGAUUCAAGAU